AUGACAGCAAUGAUGCAGUGGCAGGUUAACAGGCAGUUCCGGAAGGACCGAGAAAUCGCCAUGGCCAGAAUCCCAAACCCUGAUGCGGUAGUCCAGCAGUUAGAUCUCCCUUACGGCCCUCCGCCAGGACUAGCAUGGCCAUACCAGGAAAAUCCCUUAGUUGCACAGGUUGCUGGAUUGCCAGAUCACAGGGAAAUCCAGGCUGGUCCAAGGGAAGGAGUCCUUCCUAAUCAAGAACACGAAGCCCCAGCCCGACCAGAUGACCUUGCACUAGUUCAGCAGAACCAGCCAGAACCUCAGCCCAUUCCACCCUUGGUGGCCCAGCAUGAUCAACCUUUGGCAUUUCAGCCAGAACCACCAGCUGUAUUGCCAUAUAGACCCAGAAGGAUGGACCCUAAUCCAUUCCCUCCACCCGCAAGAGGGAGAAGAGGCAGAGGGGGAAAUAACCUUUUUGCUAAUCAUGACAGGAAUAGGCUGGGGGCAAACUGGAGAAAUCACCUAGACAUCGAAGAGCAGGAAGGGCACAGAGAGGAACCUCCACCCAGACCAUACAGAGCGGAGCCCAGGAUCGAUUACAUCCAGCCAGAACAGGGACAAAAUCUUCCCCCCGUCAAUGCUUUGAAUGACAUAGGGGCAUUGCAAAGAAUGAUCAGGGAAAUCAUGGAACCCGAGGCUAGAAGAGGAGAAAGGCCUACUUACAGAAAACCAUAUCCAGCCUACAUCGAUCAAAUACCAUUGCCUCCAGGUUUCAAAGUACCAAACUUCACCUUGUUCAACGGGGAGGAUCCUCAUGCUUCCUCAGUUGAACAUAUAGGCAGGUUCUCCGUCCAAUGCAUAGCUAUUGAGAACAACCCUCUGUUGAAAUUAAGACUUUUCGGCAAUUCUCUCUCUGGACAAGCUUUCACCUGGUAUACCAGCCUACCAGCCAAUUCUGUGCAAACUUGGGAACAGAUGGAAAAUGUCUUCCAUGACUAUUAUUACAGGAUCCAGCCAUAA